AUGGCGGAAGCCUCGGUAGAAAACUCAAAUUCUAGAUUCUUUUGCCAUCGGUGUACCCGAGAAAUAAGCCCAAAAUUACCGGACUAUGUGUGUCCAAGAUGCGACUCUGGUUUUAUAGAAGAAUUGUCAGAGGACAUCUCAGAAGACAGUCCUAAUAACUCAGAACAAGAUCCUGCAGCACAGUUUGCAGAGCUUUGGAGUCGAGCCUUCUUAGAAACAUUUGCAGCACCUGGUUCCACUGCUGGAAGUGGUAGUAGUAGUAAUAAUGUUGCAGCUGAAGACAGCAGUUCCUCAUCUUCCUCGUCAUCGUCAGGUGAAAACCAAGAUAACAGAGAAACAGAGAGGGUGGAAAGGGAAAGAGAAAGGGAAAGAAGGCAAAGGGCUUUUCCAGGGCCUGGUACAAGGAUAUCAUUUCGCAGAUCCAGUUCAAGAAAUGACCGAGCUAGAGCAAUAGAUGUGAUUCUCCAACAAUUAUUAGGUGGCUUAGGUGGUGCUGCAGUAUUUCAGGCUGGCCCAGCUGGUUUUCCAAUAGCAGGGAACAUCCAACAAAUGUUUAAUCUCCACGGCAAUCCAGCAGACUAUGCAUGGGGUGCAGGCGGCUUAGACUCAAUAAUUACACAGUUGUUGAACAAUCUUGAAGGAACAGGACCACCGCCUGCAGAAAAGGACAAAAUACAGGCACUUCCUACAGUAAAAAUUACAAAAGAUGACAUAGAUCACCAUUUAGAUUGUUCAGUUUGUAAGGAGGACUUCAAAAUUGAGGAAGAAGUUAGGAAACUCCCAUGUCUCCAUAUAUUUCAUCAUGAUUGUAUUGUUCCAUGGCUAGAAUUGCAUAAUACAUGUCCAGUGUGCCGCAAAGGAAUAGAUGGUGAGGAUAAUAAUACCAAAACAAAUCACAGGUCAGAGGGAGCAAGUGGCAGAGGAGGAGGCGGUGGGGGUGGGGGCGGCAGUGGUCCUUCAGUAUACGACUUUCAAGAUGAAUACGAUUAAAAUUUGUUUUACUGGACUUGAAGAUAUCUUUUCUUAAAAUCUCAGUCUCAAGAGAUGAUCGAAAUGAAAUAACUAUUAUAGAAGUAUCCAAUUUGUUUUACUGGACUCAAGAAUCUACAGUAUAGACUAAACCCCUCUGAUGAAAGAAGGACAACAAAUCACAUAAACAGAAACAGUUGGAAUGUAUGCUUGCUCAUCUGGUAACUCGUCAUAGGAGCAAUGCACCUUGUGUCACAGUAUUAAAGGCCACCCAAAUUUACAGAACAAUGUUUAUAAGUUUAUAUAUGCACUUUGGCUGCAAUGGGACUGGAAAAAUAUUUAAAUUUACAGCACUCAUCAAGAUUUUGUUACACAAUAUCCCAUCAAUGCAGCUGGUUGAUUAGCCUUUAAUAUGUGACACAUUGCCUCAGAGUUUCUCUAUUUUACACAAAAUAGUUCUCUGGAAUGAAAAAUAACUGCUGCGUGGCUCAACGUUGCUUUUAAAUCUGCACUAAAUAGAAGAAACUCUUUCCAUCCUGUGAACUUGACUUGAGAUUGUUGACAGCCAUAUAGCACCAACAAUGUACUAAAAACCUGAGUUUUUAUCCCAUACAAUGUAGCUGUCAUCAUAAUACGCGGAUCUCGUCAUGGUGUUGUGCCAAGACAUUGACAAUUUUUUUUAUUAUGUAUGUCCUCCUGUUAAUUGAUUUUAAUCUCUCAACAUUUUGAAGUGGUUGACUUGGUAUUGUGGCCAAUUUAUUAUUUCUUGGUCAUUCUAUACUAUCACUGUAUAGCCCAUUACUCAUGAUGACUUUAACACACUUGCAGUAAGUGCAAGGUGGUUGAAUGAUUUAUUUUGCAAGCUACUUUAUAAGUAUUUAAUACACCUUGUUAUUACAAAAUAAUAUAAUAUCAUUUAUGGAUUAACAUAUGUUUAGUGCUUGGUGGUCCUUUUAGUCUUUGGUUUGUUGCUUGGUUUUAAUUGCCAGUCUUCAACUCCUGUCCUAUCCAAAGUACUGUAACCAAUGACAUCAGUGUAUUUCUCUGUGCAUAACAAUAAUACUCUUCAAUCUCUGGGACUGGACAUCAUUGGCUGUGUUUGUUUCCCAUCAUAACUUAAUUCACCAAAUUUGACUACACUAUGUAUGUGAUUCACAGAAAUUCAUGAGAAAAUUUGCAAACUUUUCUUAGUGAUUAUAGCUUUAAUUUUUUUGUGUUGCAUAUUCAUUGGUUUAGAAUCUGCUGUUAUUAACAGUUGGUUUAUAUAUCUACUGAUUAAUGUAAUUGACUCAAAUUCAUGUAUCCAUAAGAUGAAUUGAACAAUACAAUUCAAUGUGAGUCACUUUCUCGCGACGGCGAAUACUAAUGGCAAGUAUUGACACCCUCAUUACCCAUAUGCAAUAUUCUCUUAAUUUUAACCUGAUUUCCAAAUUUUUACUGCAAAAUAAAUACCGUACAUAGCAAUGUGUAAUCAAUUCAUUGUAAGGAUUUAACAUGUAAGAUCACCACACAAACAAACCCUUGACAUAAUUAGCUGUGAAUGAAGUGUUAUAAACAAAAUACUGUGUUUUUCUGACUUUAUAUAUUUUCGAAAAUACUUUUUUCCGUACCAGAUGCAAUUGUAAGGAGAAAUUUUAUCAUUUUGUACCACAUUGUUUCAUAGUUGGGACACUUAAUUGACUAAAUGUAUCCUAGUUAGUGUUACCUGAUUUGUACCAGAUUUGUAAAUAAUAAUAA